AUGGUCGCUUUCGUAAAGAGAGUCGACCUCGAAAUAACAGAUAAUCGAAUAUCCGAAGCACUAACGAAAGUUGGUCUCGAUGUUACCAAUGUUACUCGAUUAAACCGAAAAGAAGGUAAUAUACCAACAAGCACCAUUAAAAUUACAUUUAAAGAUGCAAAUAAUCGAAACACAUUUAUCCAUACUGGACUGCAAGUGGAUUUGAUGCACUUCAAUGCUGAAGCUGCAUCACAAAAUAAAAAGCCAGUACAAUGUUACAUUUGUCUUCAAUACAAUCAUGUAGCUAAGUACUGCAAAACAAAACAGCAAAUAUGUGCUAAAUGCGGUGAUAACCAUCGUAUCGAGCAAUGCACUGCUGCAAAUGAUGCAAUUAAAUGCAACAAUUGUAAAGGUAAACAUUUGGCAACUGCUAAUGAAUGUCCUAACUUUUUAGAACAAGAAAAGCGAAUGUUGAAUUUAAUUAAUCAAUAUUCGUCCACGAACAGCCCAACAACCACUACACCAUUAUUACAUGAUAGCAAUGAAUUUCCUUCAUUACCAAACAUGUAUCAACGUCAACAAGAUCUUAUCCAUAAUGAUAUCCUCGAUGAACUUAUCAAUCUACUUACCAGUAAGAUGGAAAAAAUCAUCGAAGAAACAACCAAACGAUUAUUUAAAUCACUUCAACAGAAGAUCAAAAACAUCGAAGAAACUAUCUCAUCAGUUGAAACCUUAAUCAACGACGAUGCAACAUCAUCAUCAUCAUUCUCGGAUAGUGAUGAAGAUGUUCAAAUAGUUAAUACCAAAAACCAAAAACAACCUCCAACACCAACCACGAAACCAAAGAAACAAAUUAACAAACCAACCACUACAUCUGCUGCAACAACAGCAAAACCAACAACAACCACAAACGCAACUAAAACACCAACACAAUCAUCUAUCACAACUAAUGAUAGUAUUAAAAAACCAACACCUAAACCAAAACCAACAGCAUCAACAUCCAAAAGAAAUCGAUCACUCGACAGUUCACUGGACUCGACGAUAAUGGACACUAAAGAUCGCAAAACAGGCACGAUCAAUGAUUAUUAUCUGUCACAUUAA